GCCGUCAAGCCCGCCCGUUCUCUGCUUGCCUGGCAACAUUGUUUCCUCAGAGCUCACACCUAGACCGUUCCUCAACAUCCGUAUUCCUUGUCCUUGUCAUUAACUGAACUUUCAUCCUUUCCUACCUUUCAUUUUGCGCAGUACCGACGCUGCUGCUUCACUCGGGACCGACAUGGGGAAGUUGAUCGCCGCGAUCCCGGAUCCAACAGAAAGCCGAUAACAAUCCUCAGCCACGCGCGCCAGGGAUUCUUCAAUCCGCCUGCGACACGAUCAAGCCCAUCGAUCAUCGAGGUAGACACCACCUGCGACCACGACCACCGGCGCAACGAUGAGUAUGUUUCACAGACGAAGCAGGUCGGCUUCGGCCUCGCGGCCCCAAAACAAUAAUGCUUCCGCUUCUGCCCAUCUGGCUGCAAGUCAGGCCUUUUUGAACAACAGAGUCUCCAUGGGGCAAUUGUCAGCUUCAGCUGCGGCCACCGCGCUGAGGACAAUGUCUCCCUCGCCGACCCCAGUAGAUCAGGUUCAGACGAAGCGCAUGAUCCAAAGGCAAGCCUCUCUUUCAACUUUGUCAGGAUCCGGUAGAGGUAGAUCAAGAGGCGGUCUACAGAGGCAACACAGUGCCAGUUCUAUGACUGAGAGAACAUUUAGAACUCCCUCGCCCUCCCCGUCGAGACAACCGUCCCGACCCGAUCCUGCAACUGCGCCUCCUCUACCCAGCAUACCACAAGAAUACGCUGCUAGUCCGGCGCAACCGGCGAAAAAGAAGAAGCGCGCUUCCAGUUCCGGACCUGCUCCGCCUCGAGUCUCAUCGCCCCCAUUGACUCGACCCGGCGCCCGCGGGCAAAGUCUCGAUCGCUACGGGCGUGUUCAGCAACAGGCGCCGACACCAACGCAGAAAAAAAGUAACUUGCCCAGCGUGAAUGAACUUGUGCGCACCGACAGUUAUAACUCUGUCAACUUUUCGAGACCUUUGUCACCACGUCCGCAAUCGCCCCCGGCAUCACCAACGUUGGCCAACGGAGAUAGAUCCUCGGGCCCUGCAGCUCUCAAUGCCAUCUCUGCAAGAGAAGCCGAGAAUAUACAAUACAACCUUGCGCAGACCGCAAAUCAACCCGUCAAAAAGAAGAAAAAGAAGGUCAUCCCUGGCUCAUCCGAAGGCAGCCAUUUGUCAACCGGUACAAUGGCAAGCAAGCCUGUGGUGACCCCUCUCGAACCCGGUCCUGAACCUGAUGAUGAUCUGAAUGGUGAUGCCAGUGAAGAAGAAGAAGAAGAAGAAGAAGAGGAAGAAGAGCAAGAUCGAGUGACCAAGAAAAAGAAGAAGGGGGCGCUUACAGGCGAGGCUACUCAUUUCCCGCCUGCCGAUACUUCAUCGCGUGCGGAUUCCGACUCCGAUUCCAAUGUGGACAGGUCAAAAGAAAAAAGAGCGCAGAGGGCUUCGGGCAAGCUGGCGAAGCAGCCAUCUGUUGUUCGUGAAGACUGGGAAGGUGAGCAAGAAGGGGCAGACGGAACCAGUCCUUCAGCAGUUGAAUCUACAUCAUUUUAUGAAACAAGCUCUACUCAACAUGCAACGACAUCUGCUAAAAGAGCAACCAACACUGCCAAUGUAUCCAGGAAGAUUGAAGAGCCUGGUCCUCCACCAGCCAAAAGCCCUCUACGGCCUGUACCACAGGAGUCUCAGCCGGUCAGCUCAUCUAACGAACCGCAAACAGCUUAUGCAGCAGCUACCAGCCUUCAAGUAACCGAGCCGCGUCCGCAACGUGAGACGUCUCUCAGCCCUUCGAGAUCAACAAGAUUCUCUGAUCGGCUCUCGUCAGAUCUGGCCAUGGGAAAAAAGCACGAACCUCUGCCUCGAUCUGUCUCGCCCGCCAAGUCCGCUCUCAAACACCACUCUCCCAGCCCCGCUGGUGCGCCAGGCUCACGCACUCGCGGUUCUAGUGUCACCCCGAGCGAAUCCUCAGACAUCUCUAGUGCUUCAGUGGAUGGUCAGGCGAAGCGAAAGAAAUCUGUUCGUGUGAGCUUUGACGCUCAACCAGAGAUUGUGGGGACGUCGGCCGCGACUGACGGCGGUGACAGUACAAGCAAAGAAAGGAAGGGUUGGUUUGGUUCCAGCAAAGGCAAACCACCACUAACUACCAUACCCUCGAACGAUGAUAUGGAGGAGUUGAUGAAACCACGACCACAACUUCCAUCUUUCGGCAGUGUUCGUGGCCAGAAAUUCCGCGACGCGAACGACACAAAUACCACUCAGUCACCCAGAGGACCUUCAACGUCAACAACCGCCACCCCAAGCAAGCCUAUUUAUUCAUCAGUCACGAUGGACCCAAGUCCCGCACCUUCUCCAGGAGUAUCUAGUGAUUAUGCCGUCGGGGGCAUUCUUGCCCAGGAAGCUCAGAAGCGGUCAAAUCUACCGUUGCCGCCAGAGGUCACGUCGGUGCAUGGUACACUCUCCUACUCUGAUUCUGAGAGUGAUUACGAGGCGGAGCAGGCACCUGUCGAAACUCCUAAAAGAAACGCAGUGGACGUCGAAAGACCUCAUGUGCCCACGCAAGAGCCAGUAACCAGUGAGCCGCCGACAAAGGCUGCUGACUUGAGGAACGAGGCCGAUGUGCCCAUAGUACAGAUUUCCCCUCCCACUCCUGCCCCUGAGCAGACAAAGGCGUUCGAUCAGUGGAAUGUCGCAGUACCAGGUGGAUUUCCUGUCUCUCGUGAGGCGCUUGCUCAAUUGGAAUCAUCACAACAGCAUGCCUCCAAUGCCGCCGAUGCACCUACCACGAAUAACGGACUUGGCAUCAACGCCGCCGAAGAGAGUGAAUCCGACAAUGACAGUAUCUAUAGUGACGCCGCAGAAGAUCCUGAUGAGCUUGAUGGCACUGGCUUUGGCUCCAUAAAUGCGAUUGUGGACAGUCCAGUCGUGGCACCAUCUCCAGCACAGGUGGCCUCUCCACCCGAGAGCCCGCUUAGGCCCAGUGGAGGGUCACAAUCUCAAGGAAUGCUCUCCGCUGGUGCCUGGGAAGAGACACAGGCUCGCUGGCGUAAUCUUGCGGAGCAGACGAGAAAGCCCUCGCCACUGGCAAAUACUGAAGAAGCAGAAUCGCCUAUACUGGAGCAGCCAGCACCACCACCGCCGCAACAACCCCAGCAGCAGCAAGUAUCACAGCCCAGGGCCCAGCAAGUUCCACAGGCUCCAGUGGCUCAGCCUAGACAGAAAAAGCAAUCUCCGGCUACCGUAGCUGCUCUUGCGUCUAUCCCAGCUGCCGCACGCACUGUACAACAAGGGGCGCCCAACAUCCCGCCUCGAAAGAAGAAGAAACAAGGCACUUCGCAACCAACUACCAACCCAGGCAGAACGGGCGCUCCUGCUGCCGGUGCACCUUUCAAACAGUCUAUGCGAGCAAACGGCCCGCCUGAAACAGGAGGAUCGAUCCCCAAGACUAUGCGAAAUUCAAAUCGCAAUUCCGCACCAGUUGCGUCCCAGCAGCAGCAACGACAAUCUCAACCUCCGCCACGCACUAGUCAGACGCCGCAGCCCAGAGCAAAUCUACAGAAGAAGCAUAUACCCUCAGCUGCUGCUGCUUCGUCUGCUGCACUAACGCCACGGAAGCCGCCUGCUCCCGUAACAAGAAAUGACAGUGAUUCCGAUAGCUCAUUCCGCAAAGCCCGGCGAAGCAAGUCCACAAGUGGAGGCCAGUACACCAUGCGUCGAAGCAUGAGGGCAGCCGCUGAACCAACUAUGCGAGAAAACUCGCGAAAUGGAGUCCGAUCAGUAUCACCUGUUGGGCGACAACCAUUUGAGUCACCGGCACAGCCACGUACUAUGCGGACGUCAAUGAGAGCUUCUGGGGAUGCUCCCUCCCUGCGUGGUUCAGUUGAUGCUAAGCGGUCAUCAUCAUUGUUUGGUCGCAACAACGAUCGCAGGCAAGAAAGUGUGCCACCCGUGCCAAGUGCGUACUCUCGGGUCGUCGACUCGGACGAUGAGGACAACGCUUCACGAGGGGGCAGGUUCCGAUCGCGCUUCGCAGAUGAUAGUGACGAUGAAGCCGACUACGCCCCUGUUCGUGGAAUUCCACGACGGGCAGAUGAAGGUGACUCGACAGAUCUGGAGGAUAGUUCGGACGAAGGAAGGCGAGCAGCAUCGCGCAAUCCGUCCAAGCUACAGCUACAGAUUCCUUCAGACCCGAUACCGCGCCCUGGUACGGCGGAACCAAUGUCGCCAAAUACUGCGAAGAAGCGAGGUCUGUUCAGUAAAAUGUUUGGCAGUGGCAAGAAAAACGACGAGGCGUUGUCUCCCGUCGCUGAAUAUCCGCAGCCGCCACCAAAGUUCGACUUGACGAAACCGGCCAACCUUGGUUUCUCCUCCAAGCAAGAGCGAGAUCGCAUGAUUGCACAGACUCAGGCCAAGCUUGAAGCGGCCCAGGGAGCGCCGCCCCCACAAGGAAAGGCCAAGUUGCAGCGAAGGCAUACUCCUCAGCGUGUCAUGAGUGACUCGUGGCCUCUACCUCCCAAGAUGUCGGAUUAUGCCCACGAUCGGCCUAACACAUCGGAUGGUCCGCCCGCGCGCAAUGGCUCAACUAGGCUUGGUCAGGGCAGUAUGCGGACGCAGCAAGAGCCGGUCGAGGCAAUUGGGCGAGGUGGAAAGAAGAAGAGGUUCCCUAUGUUGCGAAAGGCUUUUGGUCUGAAGGAUUAG